GCCGCGGGCCGCGGGCCCCACGUGGGUUCAGUAGAGACACUCGGGCCGGGGAUCAUGGCGGGAGCCGAGGCUGGGGACGCGGCCGGAGCCCAGGCCCCGCAGCCGCAGAAGCGCUACUAUCGGCAGCGCGCUCACUCCAACCCCAUGGCGGACCACACGCUGCGCUACCCUGUGAAGCCAGAGGAGAUGGAUUGGUCUGAGCUAUAUCCAGAAUUCUUCGCUCCACUGACUCAAAAUCAGAGCCACGAUGACCCAAAGGAUAAGAAAGAAAAGAGAGCUCAAGCCCAAGUGGAAUUUGCAGACAUAGGCUGUGGCUAUGGUGGCCUGUUAGUGGAACUGUCACCGCUGUUCCCAGACACACUGAUUCUGGGUCUGGAGAUCCGGGUAAAGGUCUCAGACUAUGUACAGGAUCGGAUUCGAGCCCUACGAGCAGCUCCUGGAGGUGGCUUCCAGAACAUCGCCUGUCUCCGUAGCAACGCCAUGAAACACCUUCCUAACUUCUUCUACAAGGGCCAGCUGACAAAGAUGUUCUUCCUCUUCCCUGACCCACAUUUCAAGCGGACGAAGCACAAGUGGCGAAUCAUCAGUCCCACACUACUGGCAGAAUAUGCCUACGUGCUGAGAGUUGGGGGGCUGGUAUAUACUAUAACUGAUGUGCUGGAGCUACAUGAAUGGAUGUGUACCCAUUUUGAAGGGCACCCCCUAUUUGAGCGUGUGCCUCUGGAAGAGCUGAGUGAAGACCCUAUUGUGGGACAUUUGGGCACCUCAACUGAGGAGGGAAAGAAAGUUCUACGCAAUGGAGGAAAGAAUUUCCCUGCCAUCUUCCGAAGAAUACAGGAUCCCACCCUCCAGGUGGUGACCCCCAAUCCUACCCCUCCUGGUCACUGACUGCUUACCUUGCUUCAUCUGGACUCCAUCUUCCAGGAACUAGAAAGGAGAUCAACCCCCUGGACCUUCCCAGCUGAGACUGCUGGGGCUUUGGGGCAACAAUCUCUCAAAGAAGUUUUCACUACUACCCUUGCCUCUUACCUUCCUGCCCCUCCAUUGCCAACAGAAAGUAGAAGAAGCUGACUGGGAAGGUCAGAAGACCUUGAACCAGUAGGGAUAUUUGGGAGGGUUGGGGUCUUGUUCCUCCUUAGCACUUCCUUCUCCCUCUGGGAUCUCUCCUCAGCUGGAGUGAGGAAUGCAAUUCUCCAGUGUCCAUCUAAACAGCCUGCUAAGUUCAAAUCACCUGUC